CCAGAAGCUGAGCUGCGGACAAGUAGUGCGAUAUAUCAGUGCCUUCAUGCAUGCCAGUGCUGACUGAUUGAUUUUCAGGCUGUUUGGCAUGCUCAGGAAGAACCACUCCACGUACACAAUGCUCGUGCUGCUGGGCCUUGCUGCCCUCCUGGGUGCCUCCCAGGGCCGCACGGAUUGCUACGGCAGUGUCAACAGAAUUAGAACCCCUGGGGCUUCAAGGAAAACUGCAAAGCCAGAGGGUUUACCCUACUCUGGAGUUAGAGCUUCAGAAAAGAUCGCUGAACGGGACCUAAGAGCUAUGGAUCAAUAUAAAACACUCAUUAAGAAAGUUGGUGAAAAACUGUGCAUAGAACCAGCCCUGAUUGCUGGCAUCAUCUCCCGGGAAUCUCAUGCUGGCAAAGCACUGAAGAAUGGCUGGGGUGACAAUGGAAAUGGAUUUGGUUUAAUGCAGGUUGACAAAAACUCACAUAGACCUGUGGGACAAUGGAACAGUGAAGCUCAUCUUACCCAGGGCACAAACAUACUUAUCACAAUGAUAAAGACAAUACAGAAGAAGUUCCCACGCUGGACAAAGGAUCAACAGCUGAAGGGUGGGAUUUCUGCCUACAACGCUGGUCCUAAGAACGUCCAAAGCUAUGACAGAAUGGACAUCGGCACCACCCACGAUGACUACUCCAACGACGUGGUUGCGCGAGCCCAGUAUUACAAGAAACACGGAUACUAGACUCGGUAAUCUCUACUGAGUAACUUCCUUACCAUCACCUGCAUGACAACCCUGAGGGAGACAAGACACAGAGAAGCUGUACCCUGCAAAUCCAUAGAGAUGCAAAUGUACAGAAAUGAUUUACAUGAAUAAGAAUUUGCAGACUAAAGCCCUGAAUUUUUAAAACAAUAUUCAGUAAGACACCAGUCAUAUAGUUUCUUUACAAGCAAUAUGGUUUGGAUUUUACAAAGGGAAUAUUACCAAAAUCUUAAUGUUUUUGUCUGCUAUCUACUUAUUCUCUGAGUUAGGAGGAAUACCUUGUUUCGUUAUUGAUAAUUUGCUGCCUUGCAGAUCUUAAAAUACAUUUCUGGCAAAAUAUGUCAUUCUCUUAAGAAAUCAAAAGGCAAAAUACUUCCUUGGGUAUUAGCUUCAUGAUUUAUUUUUUCAAAGCUGCUUGAUAUUUACAUUAUGCUGUGGCAUAGUCAUUUUUUUCUGAAUGCUAAUUUUUCAUAUAAAUGCAUAGAAUAGAUGGAUGCUUUCAGUCAUACAGA